CCAAACUCUUAGUUUAUGCACGUGGUGUGGUGAACCCCACGAUUGCAGUACUCCGAUAUCGGUUUAGGGGCAGAUCUUUGAUCACUUUUGGGGAUAUAAAUACCCCUUUCUUCCCCACUCUUUUUCGCUCUCCUUCUUUUCACUACAUUCAAUCUCUUCGAUUACCAGACUUAUACAUUCUACUCCCACCCGAUACAACUACUAAAUUCUCUAAAUUACAAUGACUGUUGCUAGAUUAUCUCUCCGCCGCGUGGCUUCUAUCAGAACUGCCUCUGCCUGCUGGAUCCCGAUUACCUAUCGUACUUUCUCUAACUCCGUCAUUGGCCCACAGCUGCAACUGAAGUUGCCAUGUCCGCAACAGCAGUCCGAGGUUAAGGAGUCUUCCGCUUCCGGGUUCGAGCCGCAGGUUUCUUCUGACGGUGAAUACCACCACGGCCCUACCAGCGCCAACACCUCCGAAUAAGCUCGCCAUUUUUGAUCUAAUGAUCGCCUCUGCGCUCUUUAUAGCCCCAAGGAAAACAAUCCGUGAUCCCACUCAGUACUCUCGCUAACCCGACCGAGUG